AACAAAAAUGAUGCGGUUAUAUGGAGAGGUGCGAGAAAAAAUGGUAUGAUCAAGCAAUUUCUUCGAGACGUCGAUUGGGGAGAGGUCGACUAUCUCCUUAUCGAUACUCCACCAGGUACAUCGGAUGAACAUAUCUCGUUAGUACAGUUUCUAUUGCAAGCAGGAAGUCUUGAUGGCGCGAUCAUCGUCAGCACACCUCAAGAAGUGUCAUUGUUGGAUGUGAGAAAGGAAGUCAGCUUUUGUCACAAAACAAAAGUUCCAAUAUUGGGAGUAGUUGAGAACAUGGCAAAGUUUGUGUGCCCACAUUGCAAUCACACUAGCAUCCUUUUCCCUUCAACCACUGGCAAGUUUUGGGGAUUUUUGAACAUCCUCAACUUAUGUGGAGCAACAACGAUGUGUGAGGAAGGGAAGUUGGAGCUUCUAAGCCAGUUGCCAUUAGAACCCGGCCUUGCUAAGGCUUUGGACAAUGGAGAAGAUUUCUUCGAAAAAUAUCCUGAUUCAAUGCUUGCAAAGACGUUCAUGAAUUUAGCAGAGAAGGACAAGGUUUUACAUUACGCCAUGUAUCGGGUGGUUGUCACCGGUAUGGGUGCCAUCACACCUUACGGUGCAGGUGUAGCUGCCCUUCAGAAGGGGUUAUUGGACAGUCGAUCUGCUUUGAAGUUCUCGGAGCAGUUGGGAUUUGUGGUGGGAGCUAUUCCUGAAGGAUCAGCUGAUUUUGAUCGAUGGAGUGCUGGACAGAGGAGAGAAAUGAGCCGAGCAAGUCAACUGGCAUUAUUAGCUGCUGAAGAGGUGACUCUUUGCCUCGCUUCAUAUCAAAAGUUAGGUAAUUGA